GAGCGCGCUCGCUCAGUGCCUCGCGAGCCGCGGCGUCGCCGAGAUGUGGUGCAAGCGCCUGAUCUGGGUGUUCCUCUGGCUGUGGACGGGCUGGCCUCGCGCGAUGUGUCGGCUGUGAGGCGGCGAUGAGCACCGAGGACGUCCGCCCCGCCGUCGCCGCCGCUGCUGCCGCCGCCGUCGCGGCGCAGCCGACGGGCGUGCUGCACCUGGGCGACCACGGCGUCGGCGGCGGCGUCGCCGCGGGCCUGAAGCGCGCCAUAUCCCAGGUGUCGAUGCUCGUCGUGAAGGCCACCACCAGCGGCGAGGUUGCCUGGCGAGAGGAAUGCCAGAAGUACAGGCAGACGAGGUUCAGCUCGAGGCGGGUGCGCAAGCGCGUGGUGUUCAAGCACGGCGACUGCAACGUGGUGCAGGGCAACGUGGCCAAGCGGCGCCGACGCUACCUGCAGGACAUCUUCACCACGCUAGUGGACGCGCAAUGGCGCUGGACGCUGCUGGUCUUCGCCAUGACGUUCCUGCUGUCGUGGCUAGGCUUCGCGCUGGUCUGGUGGCUGGUUGUCUACGCGCACGGGGACCUGGAGCCGAGGAGCCCCGGCAACUUCACGCCUUGCGUCGAGGACAUCCACGGCUUCACCAGUUGCUUCCUCUUCUCCGUGGAGACGCAGCACACCAUCGGCUACGGCUCGAAGCACACGACGGAGGAGUGUCCGGAGGCGAUCUUCAUCAUGUGCAUCCAGUCGAUGACGGGCGUCAUUCUGCAGGCCUUCAUGGUGGGCAUCGUCUUCGCCAAGCUGUCGCGACCGAAGAAGCGCACGCAGACGCUGCUGUUCUCGCGCAACGCCGUGAUCUGCCAGCGCGACGGCCAGCCUUGCCUGAUGUUCCGCGUGGGCGACAUGAGGAAGAGCCACAUCAUCGAGGCGCACGUGCGCGCGCAGAUGAUCAAGCGGAAGGUGACGCGCGAGGGCGAGCUGCUGCCGUUCUUCCAGACGGAGCUGCGCGUGGGCGGCGACGGCGAGGAGGACAAGAUAUUCUUCAUCUGGCCGACGACCAUCGUCCACAAGAUCGACGAGCGCUCGCCGCUCUACCACCUGUCGGCGUCCGACAUGCUGCGCGAGCGCUUCGAGAUCAUCGUUAUGCUCGAGGGCGUGAUCGAGUCCACGGGCAUGACCACCCAGGCUAGAAGCUCGUAUCUGCCGUCCGAAAUACUCUGGGGACACAGAUUCGAGCACAUCAUCACCUUCAGAAAGGAGACCGGAGAGUACGAGGUCGAUUACACCCUCUUCAACAACACUUACGAGGUUGACACGCCCCUCUGCUCGGCCGCAGAGUUGGAUCACGUGCGUGCCAUGCAUCGCGCCAAAGGAGAGAGAACGAGUUCGGCGACUUUCCAACAGUACCGAAUAGACUCGAGCAGCUCGCUGACGUCGGGCUCGGCGUCGAGCUUCGCCUCCUCGGCCGGUGGCUUGCACAUGCACUCACACGUUGCCACGCCGCCGAUACCCAUACCGGUGACCAUCACCGCGCCCGAGGAUUCGCCUUCUCGCAGAGGCAGCAGCGUCAGUCAAACCGCUGGCGAGGAGCGCCGAAAAUUGGCCACUUUUUACACUUUGGACGAGACGAUCGACACGAGUCCGCAAGGGCCGGUAGCCGACGACCUCGAGCUGGCGGACGUCGAGGAGGAGGAAGAGAACGAAGACGAAGCCUCGCGCGCGCUGCUGAAUCGAGUCGACCGCAACGCUUCGAACGGCAAUGACGCCGAGUACGACAAGGUGUUGGAAGAAGUGAACGCGAGCAUUCGAAGCAACCGCAGGUCGAGUCUCCACGGCAAGUCGAGCAGCAGCAGCAAGAAAACGUCGCGCGAAGGCUCGCACUCGACGCUGUACUCGCUGAGGAACGACUCGAGAACCAACAUCGACGAGAUGGCUGGGAAGGGUGCCAUGAGGAAAGCGCCGUCGCAUACCGGGCUGGAAAUGAGGCCGCUGGUGCGGCGUUCGAGUCUCACGGAUAGCAGGCGCAGUGGCAAGAACGAUGCGUCGAAGAAGACCAGCUUCCACCUGGUGGCUCCAGAGCAGCCUCGGGAAGAGCGCGCCGCGCAUCGGCCUCCAACCGAUGCCGGCGAGGCCGCUGCCGUUCGGCCCAAGGACGUCGUUUAGAGCCGCCUGAGCAACGACCCACAGCCACGGAUGUGCGCCAGUAGGUCUAGCAGCGCGAUGUCGACCGAGGACUCGGCGAGCCAGCAGCAGCAGCAGCAGCCGCAACUGCACAAGCUGUUCCGUCUGCCGGGCAGGAUCGAGGAGGAGGAAGAGGAGGAGGAGCCGUCGUCGUCGGAGCAGCAGUGCCGCGGCGGCGGCGGCUCGCGC